GAGAGCCAGAGCAGUCCCGUCAGCUCCAGCCUCCCAGGCUCUCAGCCUCCCGGGCAGAGUCGGGCUAGGACCUGAAACUUUUGUCAUGCAGCUCUGGAGCUUGUGCCGAGCGAAAGAAAAAGGGUAUGAUCAUCCUUCCAGUGACCCAGGUUCACAACUUUGGAGUUUUCCUGAAUUCCUCAGUCCUCCUUUCUCUGCACGUCCAAUCAGGCACUAAGCAGGACAGAUCAUGCCAUGUAAAGACUGAAUCCAAAGUGAGAGUUUGGAUGGUUUCCCGAAUGCUUUCACUGCCAUAGAGAUUGAAGUCAUCCAUGUGAGCCCAAAGUAUGAGAUGUCCCUGGCCUAGUGACCAGUUAGCCUAAGAUGGCACAGCAAAAGACUCAUUUAUCUGCUUAAGAGCCUUCAAAACAGAGCCAGUCCCAGCCAGCCAUGGGAGAAAAUGCAAGCAUAUGGUGGAACUUGCUAGGUGAACAUCCACUCUGCACAGCCUGGAAACAAGAAGCAGAAGGGUCCAUUUAUCACCUUGCUAGUAUUUUAUUCAUAGUUGGCUUCAUGGGAGGGAGUGGAUUUUUUGGGCUCCUCUAUGUAUUCAGUUUGCUGGGAUUAGGCUUCCUCUGUUCCUCAGUUUGGGCAUGGGUAGACGUCUGCGCCGCUGAUAUAUUCUCCUGGAACUUUAUUCUGUUCAUCAUCUGCUUCGUGCAGUUUGUUCACGUGGCCUACCAGGUUCGCAGUGUCACCUUUGACAAAGAAUUCUAUGAGCUCUACAACUCUUUGUUUCAGCCCCUGGGGAUUACAUUGCCUGUCUUCAGGAAGAUUGUUUUGUGCUGCCAAGUGGUCUCAUUGGAAAAGGAGCAUUGUUAUGCCAUGCAGGGCAAAACACCCAUCGAUAAACUCGCUUUACUUGUGUCAGGAAGGAUCAGAGUGACGGUGGAUGGAGAGUUUCUGCAUUACAUUUUCCCCCUUCAAUUCCUGGAUUCUCCUGAAUGGGAUUCACUUAGACCCACAGAGGAGGGCAUUUUUCAGGUAACCCUCACAGCAGAGACAGACUGUCGGUAUGUGGCUUGGAGGCGAAAGAAACUGUAUUUGCUCUUUGCUCAGCAUCGUUUCAUCUCCCGCCUGUUUUCUGUUUUAAUUGGCAGUGAUAUUGCUGACAAACUCUAUGCCUUGAAUGACAGGGUACAUAUGGGGAAAGGCCAUCGCUAUGACAUCCGGUUACCUAACUUCUAUCAAGCUGCCACCCCAGAAAUAGCCAGAUCACCUCUGACAGAACAUUUUCGGAAAAACCAGAAGAUACUAAGCUAACCAUUUCCAAAUGGUGACUUUUUUAAGUAUAAAAAAUUCUCUCUUUAUCAUUCCCAGAAUUAAAUAGGAAAGUGAAAUGGCAAAAUUUGAGUUCAUCAGUAUUUUUAUAAAUCAUACUGGGAAGUCACAGGGCCAAUGCCUCUGGUUAAGAACAGCUAUUUUCAUGCACCAUAUCCAUUUAUUUUUUGUAACUAGCCUGCUCUUUUAUGCAUCUCAAAUACUUUGGCACAGUUAAGGAGUUGGUAUUGAUUUCUCUGGUGUGUCUGAUUGUUGUUCUUGUGGCAGGGGGAGAUCAAUAAUCAUGGUAUGUAUUUGGUGCCCCUUGCAUCAGAACUGGAAAAGCGAAAUUUUAUAUGCUCAGAUUCUUUAUUCAAUUCAUUCAAGCCUAUGCCCAGUGACUUCUUUAGAGGGGCUGUACUGCUUAGCUCUCUCUCUCUCUCUCUCUCUCUCUCUCUCUCCCCUACCACCAAUUUCCAAUU